GCCGACUUCUGAAUUCUUCCUUACUUGUUCGUGCCCUUUGGGAUAUAUCGAAUUUCUUCGUUAGGUUAUUCAUCUUUGGCUUUGGGUGGAUCUGUUGCAAUUUCUUUUAUCUUUCCUUGUAUUGUUUGUAUUGUCUGGGGUCACGGACUUGUCAUUCUCUCUGGGGACUCGUUUCUGGUUCGCGGCAUUUCAAACUCUUCCCUUUUUGCAGAAUCUAUCGUUAUUCUUAACAUCGAUAUCGACGUCGACUCUCAACUGUUGCAGCGUUCUCGGCCUCCUAUGGUACUUAUCCCGAGUCUUCCGCGUUGUUGAGACUCUAUCUCGCAGGGGGAUUCAGGCACCAAUAUGAGUCGCUGGUUUCGGUCAGCGGCGACGCCAAAGGCUCCCGCAAUGGUUGCUGAAGAAGAGGAUGCACAUCUUCAGCAAGUUGAGCAUGCGCUCCUGCAGUUGCUGAACGAUGAUAUUGCAGAAGCCGACAGGAUCCUGAAGCAGCAUAACUCAUCUUACCACCAUCUUGGUCGAGGAAUCUCAAAUUUCAUUGCCUCUAUGCUGGGAGUUGAGAAAGAACUUCUGAAAGAUGCCGCGACCACAUUGCAACUUGCUGAGAACAAAACUUGGGAAGAUAUGAAGAAAGCUCAAGCGUCCCCCGCUGCAUACAAGUCCCCUAUUUAUCCUCCUGGGACUGAAUAUCUGCUAUGUUAUGCUAUAUCUCAAUUGACCAGUGCGAUCUGUGCCGUUCUUAGUGGAUCGGUAACUGAAGCAGUCAAGGGUUUCUAUAAGCUGAGAAAAGCUUAUUUGACGUUGGAUGGGAUCAUGGAAAUUGAGUCGAACUACCUGAAGAAAAGGACUGGAUCUAAAGACGGUUCCCUUGCUUCCCCAACCGUGCCUCUUGGUCAUGCCCCGAGACAGGGUCUUGCGAAUUCGCCUCCAUCCAGCAGUCAUGAAAACCAGUCCAAAAUUACGAGUGAACUUGGUGCCAACGAGAAAACCAGUAUCGAAAUUCAAAAUUAUCCGAAUGGAAGUGCUGGAAACGAGCCAAGGACUUCGGAUCUUGAGUGCGAUAUUGAGAACCUAUCUUUGCAUAAUCCCACUAGGGUCGAAUCUAAGUUGCUGGAUAUCGAUCCUGCUUCCGUUGGGAUCACUUCCCAUACAGAUAUUUUUAUUCAUUCUGGAACGAGGUUGUGUUACGGCAUUCUGCUUGUGGUUUUUUCAAUGAUUGAGAAUCCAUUAUUCAACAGGAUUCUCUACAUUGUUGGGUUUAAAGGGGACCGAGAGAGAGGAACGCGGUAUCUUUGGCAAGCCGCCCGCUUCAACAACUUCAAUAGCGCAAUCGCUGGGAUAACGCUGCUCGGGUAUUAUAAUGGCCUCGUUGGAUUUUGUGAUAUCCUGCCCACAGACCCUGGGGCAGACGACGAUCUAGCUGGAUACCCUAGAGCAAAGUGCAAGGUCCUGUUAACCGAUAUGCGCAAACGGUAUCCUGAUUCGAGGCUGUGGAAGAUGGAAGAAGCUCGCAUGCAUGCCUAUAACAGAAACCUUGCCGCUGCCGUCAAAAUCCUAGCAGACAACUCUGAUUCGAACAUGAAGCAGAUCGCGGUAAUCAACAUGUUUGAGAUGUCUCUUACCACAAUGUUUAUCCACGAUUACGAGCUUUGUGCAAGAAGCUGGAUCCAGUGUUCUGAGUUGAGCUCUUGGUCGCCAACUCUAUACGCCUAUCUCGCUGGAGCUGCGUAUGUUGAGAUGUAUAGAAAUCUUCGGGAGAGCGAUCCCACUACUGCAGCACAAUACAAGGAAAAGGCCACGGAAUACAUUCGGAAAGGUCCACCCAUGGCGGGGAGGCAGAAGGUUAUGAGUAGGGAUCUCCCUUUCGACACUUACAUCGUCAGAAAAGUAGCGAAAUGGGAAGAGCGAGUCAAGAUGUGGCAGUUAGAUCUUGUUGACGCUAUCGGCGUGAGCCCGUUAGCCGAGAUGAUAUUUUUUUGGGGCGGCCUAAAGAAACAGGACGCCGCUUUGUUGGAAAAGACUCUCGACAUCUUGAAGUGGGAGAGAGUCAGCCAUGCUGAGAAGUUCAAGGACGAUUUAGAUGAGACGGCCAUUCAUGCCGUAAUUAACGCUGCCGUUCUGAGAAACCUGGAGAGACGCGACGAGGCGAGGGACUUCUUGACUGGCAAAAUCUUGAACCAUGACAGACAUGAAUUUAAAGGCCACCUGAAGGAUGACUGGACUUGCCCUAAUGCCCAUUUUGAGAUGGCAUGUCUAGCCUGGAAGGAAAAAGAUCUCGAUGGUGCGGAUCACGCAGCGAAGGUUAAUGAUUGCUUUGAGUGGCUGGAAAAGACUCAAAAGUGGGGAGAGGAAUACGUUCUCAAUUCGAGGAUGUCCGUUAAAGUUUCGACCGCGUUAAAUACGGUUAAGAGACACAAGAAGAUUAUGGGUAUGUAGACUUAGAGUUCAAGAUCGUGUUAAUAGAUGAUUGCAAUGUAAGAGCACCUUUCAAUGCUUUGCGUACACAAACCUAUGUCGAAAUGUCCCACAAAAGACCGUGCAUUCCGAAAUCUGUUGCUCAAGGCUGAGAAUUUGAAUAUAAAACAUUUCGGGGGACAGUUGAAUACCGGGCCUUGAUGAGUGUACUAGAACCUCUUCUACAUUGAUAUUGGCUGGAACUGCGUUGUACACAGAAUAGUGGCAGCAGCUCU